GGCGGGGGCUAGAACCAGGGUUGGGCAAGAAGGCUGCUAGAACCGUGGUGGCGGCAGCAGCCUGAGUUGCACUAAGGCUUUGGGGUGUGGGGAGCCGCGGUCAUGGACCAUAUCACGGUGCCCAAGGUAGAAAAUGUGAAAUUACUGGAUCGUUAUAUAGGUAAGAAACCAGCUAAUGGAAGUCUGUAUCUUACUGCAACCCACCUGAUCUAUGUGGAAGCUUCUGGUGCAGCCCGAAAAGAGACAUGGAUUGCACUGCAUCAUAUUGCCACUGUGGAGAAAUUGCCUGUCACUAGCCUGGGUUGCCCCCUGAUCCUCCGCUGCAAGAAUUUCCGGGUGGCCCACUUUGUUUUAGAAUCUGAUGUUGUGUGCCAUGAGAUUUAUAUUUCACUGCUAAAGCUUUCUCAACCAGAAUUACCUGAAGAUCUGUAUGCUUUUUCAUAUAAUCCCAAAUUCUCAAAAGACAUGAGGGAAAAUGGAUGGAAGCUGAUUGACCAAACAUCAGACUUUGGACGUAUGGGAAUUCCUAACAGGUACUGGACCAUAACAGAUGCCAACAGAAACUAUGAGAUAUGCAAUACCUACCCUCCUGAAAUAGUGGUUCCUAAAUCUGUUACAUUGGGAACGGUGGUUGGAAGUUCGAAGUUCAGAAGUAAAGAACGUGUGCCUGUGCUCUCCUACCUCUACAAAGAGAACAAUGCUGCCAUUUGCCGCUGUAGCCAGCCUCUGUCUGGAUUUUAUACUCGUUGCAUAGAUGAUGAGCUCCUGCUAGAGGCUAUUCGCCAGACAAAUCCAAGGAGCCAGUUCUUGUAUGUUGUAGACACAAGACCAAAGUUAAAUGCCUUGGCUAACCGAGCAGCUGGGAAGGGGUAUGAAAAUGAAGACAACUAUGCCAAUAUUCGCUUCAGGUUCAUGAGCAUUGAGAACAUCCAUGUCAUGCGGAGCAGCCUGCAGAAACUCUUGGAAGUUUGUGAAUUGAAAACUCCAACAAUGAGUGAAUUUCUUAGCGGCCUGGAGAGCUCAGGGUGGUUGAGACACAUUAAAGCUAUUAUGGAUGCUGGAAUUUUCAUUGCAAAGGCAGUGAAGGUAGAAAAGACCAAUGUCUUAGUCCAUUGUUCUGAUGGGUGGGACCGUACAGCACAGGUCUGCUCUGUGGCCAGCAUCCUCCUAGAUCCAUUUUACAGGACAUUCAAAGGACUCAUGAUCCUGAUAGAGAAGGAAUGGAUAUGCAUGGGCCACAAGUUCUCCCAAAGGUGUGGCCACCUGGAUGGGGACUCUAAAGAAGUAUCCCCUAUUUUCACACAGUUCCUAGACUGUAUCUGGCAAUUAAUGGAACAAUUUCCAUGUGCCUUUGAGUUUAAUGAAAAUUUCCUGCUGGAAAUUCAUGACCAUGUUUUCUCCUGCCAGUUUGGGAACUUCCUUGGAAACUGCCAGAAGGAUCGAGAUGAUCUGAGAAUAUAUGAGAAAACCCAUUCAGUGUGGCCUUUCUUGGUUCAGAGGAAACCAGACUUCAGGAACCCUCUCUAUAAAGGCUUCACUGUGUAUGGGGUACUCAAUCCUAGUACUGUGCCGUACAACAUUCAGUUCUGGUGUGGGAUGUAUAACCGCUUUGACAAAGGGUUGCAGCCCAAGCAGAGUAUGCUAGAGAGCCUCCUGGAAAUUAAGAAGCAGAGAUCAAUGCUGGAGGCAGAUGUGCACAAACUAGAAAAGAAACUGAAAGCCCAUGAUGAGCCACCAGAAGAAGUCUGUACAUGUUCUCAAUUAGGGCAUUUAUUAUCUCAGCACCUGGGAACUCCUUUGACAAAUUCUGUCUGUUUUAUGGGUAUCGAUGGAGACCUGAAUACCUUGAUGGAGAAUGGCACUCUUUCUAGAGAAGGAGGCCCUCUAGUUCAGAUGGGUCAAGUAAAAAGUCAGUGCGCAGACGUCUACCAUGACUAUUAUGGGAUCAUGGGCAACCUUAGGGCCAUAAACAUUUCUAGGGAUGUGGGCUUCUCUGGAGACAAAAGCAUCUCUGGGGUCUUGGGCAUCUCUAACAACAUGGGCACCACUGAGGCUAUGGGCUUCUAUGAAGACAUCAGCAUCUCUGAGACCAUGAGCUUCUCUGGGAACAUGGGCAUCUCUGAAGACAUAGGGCUCUCUAAGGCCAGCAACAAGACAGGCUUCUCUAAGCAACAGUGAGCUAUUCAUCUAUUUCCAUUGUUAGUUAUACCUACAACACCCACAGUGAUGCUUGUCUCAAAAAAGGCUGUGCUGCUUUUCUAACUGGAUUAAAUGGCUGAGGCUUAAGAUUCUAGAAGGGGAUUUAGGGCCUUACCUAGUUAAGCAAUCAGUACAUGCACGUCAGGAAUUCCCUGGUGGCUCAGUGGUAAUGAACCCACCUGCCAAUGCAGGAGAUGUGGGUUUGAUCCCUGGAUUGGGAAGAUCCUCUGGAGAAGGAAAUGGCAACCCACGCCAGUAUUCUUGCCUGAGAAAUCCCAUGGACAAAGGAACCUGAUGGGCUCCAGAACAUAGGGUCGCAAGAGUCAGACAUGACUUAGCAACUAAACAACAAGAACAAACAACAUAUGCAUGUCAAGCAGCCUAGAAUAUAGGAAAGAGAAAGAAUGCGUUAUAGUUCUAGAAUGGGAUUUAGCUUUAAAAAUAUAAUAUCUUGCUUUUCAGCUGAGAUAUUAGAUUGGUUCCAUUAUUCCAUUUCCCUUAAAGGCCAGUCUCCCUUACUUUUCCACCCUUACUAUUCUAGCAGGAGAACAAGUAGAAAUACUGUCACAGUGAAGAAUUAAGAUCCUGUUGAAGGGAUGGUGUGCAAAGGUAACUGAAUUGCAGAAUGACUUGUGCAAAAUUUUACUUAAAGAUAUAUAUAGUCAUACAAUGUAAGCUCACGUUAUUGCCAGUAGAGACCCCCAACAUUUGCCUGAGAAAUAAAUCAAAAUGGUACAUUGGUACUUGGUGGUUUAGAACAUACAAGGAAAAUGUUCCCAAUUUGUUCCCUAGCUAGGUCUUAUAAUACUCACUUAGCCAACUCCCUUUUUUAUAGAUGGCCCAUCAAUAAACUUGAAUCCACUACAUUCUAAAAUGAUCUAUUCCAAAACAGUGGGGUCUGAAUUAAUAAUGUUGAUCAAUAGCAUUUUCAAUAUCAGUUCAGGAGACAACUGAAAAUCUUAGUGCUUUAGACCCUGGCUUAUACAUGGCAUAUGUGCCCACCUAAGUUUUCCUAAAACAGGACUCUUCUUAGGUCUUUUUUUUUUUUUUUGGCCAUACCACAUGGCCUGUGGGAUCUUAGUUUUCUGUGCAUGGAUCAAACCCAUUCCCUCUGCAGUGGAAUCAUGGAAUCUUAAUCAUUGGACUGCCAGGGAAGUCCCUCUUCUUAGGCAUUUUUAUGAAGAUCAGUGGUUUUACUUCCCUAGACAUCACAUCAGUAUGUGGAUUUUUAGACAUAAUUGGCACUACUUUUAAAAUCUGGUAGGCUUAACACCUUGUACUAAUAUAGACUUUUGAAAAAAGUCUGUUCUUAAGGCAUGUCCAGCUACUCCAGGGGAAGGGGAAACUAAACUUUCCCUGAUUUGGGGUUGAUACACUUGCUGUACACUUUCCUAUUGGAUAUACAGUCAUAGUUUACCCAUUUCCACAUGUUGGGGUAGGAUAAGCCUUGCAUAGUUUGGGUCAUGCAAUAUAUUGUCAGCAUUUUCAGAAUUUCCUUUGGCAGUAGAAUCCAUAUCUUCACCCAGGAUGUCUAUUUUGUAUACCAUGUAUCUGGUUUAAGCUAAAAACAAAACAAAACAAAACAAAAAAAAACCUUAGAUUCUUAGUGAAAGAGCCAUCUCUGUUACUAUCACAUCCAUUUGUAAAUACAGACAUCUCUAAAGGAUCACCUCAUUAGUUACUCUAUAAGAAAGGUAGGCCUUUUAAUCGAAGUGUUAGAAGUAGCAGAGAAGAGGCAGCAUAGUUCCUUGAUUUCUUACCCCUAGCUAAAAUUUGGACCAAAAAAUAGCCCUAUUUAGAAGAAGAACUCUAAGUCAUUUUGGUUGUCUUUUUUAUAUGUAAAUAGGAGCCAUUUUUCUACUUACCACUUCUUGGUAGCUGUUUUAAUUCUGUGUUUUUAAAGAACUAGUUCAUAUGUGUCUUUUCCACUUAUAAAUAGGAACUGCUUUUCUACUUACCUCUUCUUGAUAGCUGCCUUCUUCCUAUAAUGUUAAAACAUCAAUGUGAUUUCCUAUUAUAUCUUCUCUGAUGCCCCUCUUUCCACUAUUUGAUCUUUGACUUAUGUGCUUAGUUGCUCAGUCAUAUCUGACUGUUUGCGACCCCAUGGACUGCUACCUGCGAGGCUCCUCUGUCCAUUGGGAUUCUCCAGGCAAGAAUACUAGAGUGGGUUGCCAUGCCCUCCUCCAGGGGACCUUCCCAACUCAGGGAUCGAACCUAGUUCUCCUGCAUUGCAGGCAAAUUCUUUACCGACUGAGCUACCAGGGAAGCCCAGGGAUCUUUGGUUUAUAUAACAUAAACCAUCAGAUGUUGCCAGUUGUCAUUUGACUUGUUACUUCUUGAAAAAAAUUGGAUUUGUGCAAGUCAUUUUGAUCUGGAAGCCCCAUUUAACUCUGGCUCUGUGAAGGAGGAUGUCAAAGACGAUGACAAUAAGGAAGAUGUCAAAGACAAUGACAAUACCAAUCAUCUGCCACAAGUGAGUUUAUUCUGGAUUUUGCUUUGUAACAAAGACUUUCUCCCACAUCUCAAUCUGAAUUUUAUAGUCCAUUAGCUAGCAUGAUAUUUCCAAUAGUGUGUUAAGAGUUUUCUAGAGAAAAGAAAAAGGCAAAUGACUUUUGCAAAUCCUAUAUAAGUUAAAGUCUCAUAUUUAUUUCUACAGACCUGUAAAAUAGUGUACAUAGUACCAAACUUUAUUUCUUAGAUCCAAAACAAAAUUAAUCAUUAGUGACAAGUUCUUUUCAAUACAAUUCUAAACUGAGAAGUGGUGAAGAAAAACACAGUGUUUCCAGUCAACUUGUUUGGUGUUUAUUAUGUUUAUUCCCUAACAUGUCCUAUAUUACUUGUAUAUAACAUACAUGGAAUUUGAAAAUCUGAGGAAGGAAAAAUGUUCAGUAGAAUCCAAAUAUUUAUGCACUGGUAAAAACCCAGUAGCUAUCUGUAGUCAAGAGCCUAGCAAUAGAGGGGAGAGUCCUAAAGGAAAGUUACUGAGUAUACUAGAAAAGAUCAUCUAUUAAUGGCUUUCAUUUCAUAUCCUCAUAUAGUAUCUAUGUUGUUAAAGAAAUGUGACUCCCUCCACUACUGCCCUACCCUUCCAAUUCCCUGAGCAGAAAAUUCCAUUCUCGUGUGACUGCCCCAUUUAAAUAGGAAGGCAUUUAACCACCUGCCACUGUCUUAUGCAUGAACCUGACAUCUGCCUGUUUCCUAUACAGUUUUCACAGGUCUGGGGUCACUGCCUAUCUUUUCCAAGCCUGAGGCAGUCUUUGUGCCUGGGAGUGUGGCCAUUCUCAGAUUUUACAUGAACACUUUUUUAAAAAGUUCAUUAAUUAUUAGUUUAUAGAAUAACAGAUCCUUCAUGGUAAUAAGUAAAACAAUCCUAAAUAACAAACCUAAGUAACAGUUAAUAGUCCAAGUUUUUAAAGAAAAAAUUUAAGGCUGAGGUUUGCUGUAUGACAGAAAGCAUGAAGAUUUAUUUAGCACUAAUUUGGCAAGACUAGAAAGUUUAUGGUACAUGUAUUAGGCACAGGUAUCUUUUGGAAAGUCACCCUAGAAACUGUGUUCAAUUACUACCAAGAUAGUUGUCAUGCCUGUCAACAUGCAUCAACAUAUUUUUUCUGAGACACACCUCAAACUUCACUGAAAGUAAAAUCUUUCCUUGAACAUUUCCAACAAGAAGGAAUCAGAGUCUUUUUAAGAGAUGUUUUCAAAUAAAAAUUGUAAAUAUUUAAGCUUGGCCUGAAUUUAGCAGAAAGAGAAGUUUAAUAACUAUAUCAGAUUUUUGUUACAUAGUGAUUUUUAUUAACACAUAACACCUUUUCUUGAUGCUAUUAAGCGUUGAUGUACCACUGGGAAAUCUUUCUAUGAGAACAUUUUAUAAAGUGGCUUUUUAAAAAAAACAGGUGUGCGGGAAAAGGUAAAGUUGUCUCAAAAGGGGAAUAUUAUAUUUUGAGAUUGGUUUCUUCCUAGGAAGAUUGUUCUCAUUUUCUCUCUCAAUCUCCAAAGUAAAUGAUUUAAUGAUGUCUGUUGUACCAAAUCAUUCCCCCACCCUCAGGCCUCUCCUUCCCAGAAUUCCAUGUAUGAUACAGGCAGAUAUGAUUAUAACCAAAUCUGGUUACUUUCUUCUAAGUGCCAAAUCUAGAC